CGGGCGGGGCUGGCUUGGGCUGCGAGGGGGGCAGCGCUAACGGCCGCCUCCGCCCGGCUCUUCCCUCGCCCGCAGGCUGCGCGACUGCCGGGGGAAGCGCCCGCCAUGUCGACGGUCGCCGCCGCCAGCUGCGACGCGAAGGGAGCGGGGGAGGCGCGGGAGGCGCGGGAGGAGAAGAAGCCGCUGAAGCCCUGCUGCGCCUGCCCCGAGACCAAGAAGGCGCGGGACGCCUGCAUCAUUGAGAAGGGGGAAGAAAAUUGUAGGCACCUAAUUGAAGCUCACAAAGAGUGCAUGAGAGCUCUGGGCUUCAAGAUAUGAGUGAGAUGAGCAGGACUGUGAAUGUGAUGAUGUCUGUGGUGUGGCUGUGUUCUGGCAAGCUGUGAAAUAAAUUACUCCUGCAAGUUACGUCAAAGAACAAAUAUAAACAAAGAAUCUAUGAAGAGACUAAUGACAGACUGUGCGUCAUGUCUGUGGCUUUUCCACUAUUAGCUCUUGAGCGCUGCUGUAGAAAAUACAUUUUUUUCCUCGUAAUAAAAGUCUGAAAAUGG